AGCUUUGUUCCGUCAGCGUGCGAGAAGAAAGGGUUAGAACCAAGAAACCGACGUCCCUCUCUCUCUCUCUCUCUUUCCCCUCACCUCUUCUUCCUCUCUGCUUCUGAUCUCUCUCUUCUCUCUCUCUCUCCCUCUCCCUGAUUAAACCUUUCAUAAUCAGGGAGCUUCGAUAAUUACAAGUCUCUUUUUUUUUGUCUUGUCUAGCUCGUUGCAGCCCCUUUAGACACAUCUCCAAGCUUUCUCCUUUUUAUGCUCUCAAGAGGGCUUAUGCAGCAAGCGAAAUGGGACAAAGAAAUAGAACAGUCGAUUUAGAAAUGGAGCAGCAGCACCAAUCUCAACCCUCUCUCCAACCAGGACCUUGCAUCCUUCUAAGCAGCUUUCCCCAACAACAACAACCACCUGAUAAUAAUAAUAAUAAUACCCUACCUGCAAUGGCUGCAAGCUUUCCUAAUUUAGAAGCUCGUUCUCUUCAAGACCCAAACUUCUAUGACAUGUUCUACGGUCUUCCUCAGUACCAUCAUCACCAUCAACUUCAUCAGCCUGCUCCUCCUCCUCCGAAUUACUAUGUUCCCUAUAUGGCAUUUCAGGGUCCAUCCUCAAGCAGUCAAGGUGUAGUUGGAGUAAGUUCUGAUCAUGAGUACGAGAGGAAUGCUCACUUUAUGGAUCCUACAAGAGGGGCGUAUAAGAGAAAGAACGCCGAAGGAAUAAUACCUAUGAAUCAUCAUCAGUCUUUAAGUACUUUAGCAGCUCCAUUCAACAAUACACCUGAGAUAAUAGCUCCUUUUGGAGGCCCAAGGAGCAGGCCAGGAGCUGUUCCAAUGAACCCUGUUCUUCCUCCUCCUCCUCAUGCUCCAAAUAGCUUCGUUCAAGGGACCUAUCCUGGUCAUCAUCCUUUCCCACCUCCUGGCUCAAUCUGGUACGACCAACACCAUGGAAGAUCUGAUGGUUCACCCUCGUUUUGGCCCCACUCACCUUACAUGCACGCUGGUUCCAUAGAGUCUAGUAGUAGAAACCCUGCAGCGUUCAUGUAUCCUCCUCAAUUAAACCCGAGGGACCAUUAUUAUCAUCACCCUCCACCUCCUCCUCCUGUACAAGGAGUGAGAGGCCAGAGCGCCACCUUAUACCCUCCCAUGGCUUCUUCACCCUCGUUUGGAUUCCCUCCUGGGAACUUUGCUCCUCCUCCUCAGAACACAAUCAAUAGAGGUGGUCCCUCGGGUUCAGAGAUGGGUCCAGUUCAACCAGCAGGGUUCCGGAUAUACCAGCACCAUCAGCGAGAUGACUCUGUACCUUUAGCAGCUCUUAGACAACACCGUGGAGGAGUUCCUCGGUUUAGAAUGAUGCCUGAUGAUGAAGUUGCGAUAUUGGAGUUUGGAGACUUCCUUGGUGGUGGUGGUUCUGGAAAUAACCACCACAUUGAUCAUCAUCGUGAUAUGCGUUUGGACAUCGAGGAAAUGUCUUAUGAGGAGCUACUUGCGUUGAGCGAGCGAAUUGGAACCGUGAACACUGGUUUGCCAGAGGAAGAUGUCAAGAACCAUCUGAAAACAAGAACAUGUUCUGUAAUCAACCUUGCAGAAGAGUCCUCGUCCUUCUCUCCACAAACUAAAGACAGAGAAACAGAACCUUGCACAAUAUGUCAGGAGAGUUUCAAGAACGAAGAGAAGGUUGCGACUUUGGAUUGUGGGCACGAGUAUCAUGCAGAAUGCUUGGAGAAAUGGCUGGUUGUGAAGAACGUUUGCCCAAUCUGUAAAGCAGAGGCCUUGGUCAUGGAGAAGACAACUGUUUAAUCUAUAUAUUGGGUAUAUAUAUAUAUUUAUAUAAAAGAAACUUAACAAGAAGAGGAUAAGAAAACGAUAGUUUGGGUUUAUUUGCAGCUCAAAAAAGGAUUCUGUAAAUUUGUACUCUUUUUUGUUUGUUUGUGCACAUAUUAAUAUGUGUUAAUGGUGUCACUCUUUUUUUCAUUUGGUUUCUUGGCUUAUGUGACACUGAAAAAAUGUACAGGCUAAUUUGCUUUAUCUUAGGGCUUUUUAAAUC